GCAAACAUGUUGGCGUUUUUUAGAAGUAUCCUAGACUGGAUAAAAAGCUUGUUUUGGAAGGAGGAGAUGGAGCUUACUCUAGUAGGAUUGCAGUAUUCUGGGAAGACGACGUUUGUCAAUGUUAUAGCGGUAAGUCAUGAGUGAUGUCAUGCAAGUUUGCCCUUUUUACGUUUACAGAUUUCUAUUCUUAAAAGCUUAACGAUGCAUCAAAAUCAGAAACAGUUAUUUUUCUCUCUUGAAAUUUACAAACUUUUACUCACGCGAUAACGUAUGUAUUCAUGUAAGCUGACGCUUAUAGCAGGCUUGGUGUGCGGUUGUAUAAGUAUGUACGUGAUGCAUUUGAGAAAUUAAUCCUUUUAAUUUUAUAUCAGCAUAACUCACUGAAACUGAACUGAGACAUCACGAAAAUGUCGAUAAACGACAGUUAAUGCACCAUUUUUUUCAGACUUCAACUGCCAAUGUCAUUUGCAGGAAAAUAUGUGUAGACCGACCAAAAAUAUCUGUAACGAUAUGUAUCUGUACUCUGUUGCUUUACUGAUGGUUACGAGAGAUCUGUUAUUGAUUCAGCAAGUGCAUAAAAACUGUGGUUUUAUUCUGCUUAUGAGAGUUGCUUAUACAUGACUGGGAAGUUCAUUUGUUGUUGUGUCUAGGAGGCUUCCCAAGGCACAUGAAGAGCAAACUGUUUACGGUAUUAUGCUCUUAAUUAUUGCUGAUAGUACAGUAAUGACCUCUACAGCUGUAUGUACUGUACAAUUCAUUUCUAUCACUCACAUGAUAACCCAUUUAAGACACAAAGUUCAUAUGUUGGUUAGCAAUAUUAUUGUUAGUACAUCAAUGGUGAUUUUAAAAAAAGUUUCAAUUAUUAUUAAUGCCGUAAAUCCUCCAUAAAGCCCCUGUCGUGUUACCACCAGUUAGAGUUCGCUGUGAUCAACCACACUCUCCAAGAUGAUUUAAAAUUUUGUUUAUUGUAGAAUCAAUGAAGUAUAUGGUAAGAACUGAAUGUGCAUAAUGCAUAAUGCAAGAAAGUAACUGAAAAGUAAAAUGAAAUCUAGUAUAAACAAAACUAAAAUGAAAGACAAAAAUGAAACAAAAAUCAUGUUAUAGUUCUCCAAGUGUAGAAAAGAAAGGAACGAAAAAGUAGGAAAAAAUUGAAAUAAUCUAACUCUGUUAAGACUCUGCGUAUAUCCCUGAUUAAGAUCUGGUUAAAGUGCUAGGCAGGUAGGGGUUGUCGAUGGGAAAGCUACUUCCCAGACAUUCUCUUAAAUAAAAUAAAAACGAUGUUCUCACAUCUUGGAAAGUGAAUUUGUGUCCGGAUCAUGCGCAUUUCAUCAUAAACCAAAGAUCAAUGGUUUUGAGAAGGAACAAAAUCAUCGCGGUCGAAGGCUGGAUUGUUUCUCACUAUUAUGAUCUAUUAUAUUUUAGUAAUUCACACCUUUAUUGAUCUUAUAUCGCUUUUCAGAUGUGUGCUUUCGGAUGUGCAUGUGUGUUGCUUUUUCCUUUAAACAAUAUUCUUCCGCAGAGUUUGGAACAUGCAACUUAUAGCUGCGUAUGGCUGAAACAACCACGGAAGAGUUAAGAUAUUGAGCAGCAUUUUGCUGCAAACCUAAGGAAAGUUAAGGUCAUUUCAAGGUACAGAGGUUUCAGCAAUAGAUGUAAUUUCUUAUAGGGUCGUUUGAAUUUUAACUUUGAACUUAAGGUGUUGACUGAUAUUUGUAAUGAACAAAGUGAAAUGUUAUCAUUGUUAUGAAGUCUGAAUCUGUUUAUUCAGGUAUGUAAGCUCAUAUUUAUAAAGCUCUCUUGUUUAGACUUAAUUUCGAUAAAUCUGACCCUUUCUCCAGUAAUUUGUAUUAGUAUCAUAAUUUCUAUAAUAUUCUCCUCACCCGGCAAAAUUCCUAUAAACUCGAUCAAUAGUCCAGUGCACGUUGCUGGUUAAGAGUUUACAUGGUUGCAGUGAGUGUCACUUGCAUUUUGCAAUCUCAAUACCAACGGACAAAUACAAUAUGCGAGAAAAACAAAGAGGCAUGAUAUUAUUUUUUUAAUUGUUGACUUAUUUCCUCUGCUGGUUAAAUGUACUGCAAUUAUCCGCUGACCACCACGGAAGAUGACGGCUUUGCAAGUUGUGAAAACAUAGUUUCUUGGUCCAAGACCUCAUCUCUUCUCUCCCCCUGCUCCAAGCUAGGUGGACUGCCAUAAUAAUGAUAAUAUGUCAAAACUCGUAAAAUGUGACCUUUCACGCAAAAACGUGCUAUAACGGCUUUCUGUUUUCGAACGGAAUUCCGUUUAGAACCCGUUGAGAAAAAUUUGCGUCCAUUCGAACGGCUUGAUCACCCGUUCGAUAGAAACGUCCAGCCGUUCGAAUGACUUGCUCACCCGUUUGGUAAAAGCAUCCAUCCGUUUGAACAACUUGCUCACCCGUUCGAUAAAAACGUCCAACCGUUCGAACGACUUACUCACCCGUUUGUUAAAAACAUCCAACCGUUUGAACGACUUGCUCACCCAUUCGCUGGAACAUCCAUCCGUUCAAACGACUUGAGUAUGAGACAGUCAUAUGAGCGGUUGUCUUUUCCUGUUCGUGUACUUGCGUGUUCUUGAUGAUGAAUUGUCACUUACGGAAAAAAAGUCCUCCGAUCACUUGAACAGUCUGAACCGCUGUGUGAGUAAAUUACAAAUGAAAACUACGAUAUUGUAAAUUUCUUUAAAAUUUUCUCGCAAAGUUAUUAUUACGGGCGAAGAGCUCUUGCAGAAAAUAUAUUUUGCGCUUCUAAACAUGUGGUAAUCAGUCGAAUCAAGCGAACUUCUUAAAUUCUACCCUGUGUUACAAUGCGGUUUAUAAACAUUACCGGUAUAACUAUGGUUGUGAUAAGCACUUAAAUGAUUUUCUGAACACCGAAAUCUCAUGAGUCUACCUUGUGCAUUCCUCUUAUUUCGAAGAGAAUCCACUGAAUGCACUGAGAUAACAACCAUGUUGUUUUGCGUCCGACUGUCAAAGUGAUUGAUGCGAUUGGCUGGUGUUGUGUUACCUGUCACUCAGGGGGUUCAUUAAGGGCCGGGCAACGGGCAAAUUGACCGGCUGUGAACACGACUUUGCCCGGCUGCUUUAAAUCUCAAAGAACUUCUUUUCAAUACAAGGAAUGAUUAUAAACAGUGUGAAGUUACAAUUGUGCCCUAUUCUUGAUGAGUCUUAUCGAGUGUAAAACAUACUUUGCCGUGCAGUUUCCACUUUAUUACGCGUGGCAUGAAAUCCCCUCGUUCGUUAUGUGUUAAAUACAAGAAUCGCCCCAUAAACACAUUGCGAAAAGAACUGUACUUCAUAAACGACCACGUGAAAUGUAUCAGGAUUGCGAGCACGUGAGCAUGGCGGCCCAGAAAAUUAACGCGUUCGAUAGUGGAUUAUCUUUCGGCUUCAACCAAAGGGCCUCCAGUAGAGAAAAGGCCAAGAGGAGAGUAGACUUCUUUGUGAUCUAACCUUUUACUUGCCUGUAUAUAUUGAAUGACUUAAUCAUCACGUUCAAUGAAGCGAAGCGUGAUUUUUUAUUCGUCUUAUGGUUUAAGCCAAUGAAUUAAUUUUCGGUGCGUUCACGUUAAAACAGUGCUCAGGACUCCCGUCUAGUCAUUGAAAUUUUCAAGACAAGAUGUUAAACUAAUACUUUUGUGAUUCACCUUCUAGCGAAAACUCUUGGUAUCAAAUCAUUACUAAAUUGUCUAGAAAAGUUAUCUUUUUUUGGUUGUUGAAAGUCACUGUCUGCAGCUUCAAAAUGCAGGAAAACACAUCCCUGCAACUAUACAAUUUCAAAAUUUUCCGGGGGAGCAUGCCCCCGACCCCCCUGGGGGGGGGAAGGCCCUCCGGGCCUUGCCAAUUCUUUGCCCGGGUGUCAAACUCAGUUGCCCUCCUGUUCAAAACCUUAAUGAACCCCCUGGUCACUGUUGUGUAACUUGUAUGCAUGCAAAUUUAUCGAGAUCGGUGUAGUGACACGCAACCAAACUGAACUGACAGGAAUGCGUUUGAGUCGUAGUCAAAAGUAAAGGUCAGCAUAGCAUACAAUUUGAAAAUGUAUCGGGAACAAAAAGUUGGGUAUUUGUUUUGUAAGAAAGCUAGGAAAAACAUCACCGCAAAUACUUUGCAAGUUUGCAUUCGCCGUUGAUUUUCUUUUGAGUUCUGCUUCAGCAAACUCAGUUACGAAUGUUCUCUGCUUUUCAAGUUUACUUUCUUUGGCUUUCAGUGGUGAAAUAAACAGGAGCAGUUUCAACGAUUGAAAGCCAUUCGUUCGAAAUUAAUUUUAAGGGAGAUGUGUAGCGGCACGGCACCAUUCAAAAUAAACAAAACAAAUUACAAUCAUCAAGUUUGUAAGCCGUUCGUGACUGCUCGUUCGAAGAUUUCAUGAGCCGUUCGAACGUUUAGAUUGCCCUUUCGAAAUUUUUUUCUGAGCCGUUCGAACGGUUUAGAUAUCCGUUCGGAAUUUUUUUAUGAGCCGUUCGAACGGUUUGGUUACCCGUUCGGAAUGUUCUACAACACGUUCAAAUGGUUAGGCUACCCGUUCGCAAUUUUCCCCGAGCCAUUCGAACGACUAAGCUACCUGUGCGGAAUACUUAAUCACCCGUUCGAUCACUCAUUGAAACCCGUUUAAAACGGCUUGGUGACCCGUUUGUAACCCGUUCGAUGGCCGUUCAUUUCACCCGUUUAACGGAAUGUCGUUAUAGCACGUUUUCGCAUGAAAAGUCACAAAUAUCAACUAAUUAAACAAAAAAUAAUAUAAAACCAAUGUAACGCAUCGUCCGAAUUCAUGACACUCCUCGCCCAAGUAUUGAAAAUCCUUGCUUUCAUCAUCAUUAUGUCAAUCAAGUCCAUGGAAUCAAAUCACAUUGUCCGUAAAUCAGGCUUCCUCUUCCCGUUUCAGUUGAACGAGGAAACUGGAAAUUGGUUUUUUGUAGAUAUUUGAGAUUCCUGCUCUACAUGAAGUCACUUUGGUCAUCAGCACUUUGCCAUCAGUGUUCUGCCACUUCGCCACUUCGAUCUGUUCUGGAAGUUCUGCAGAUACUCUCUUUUGCAUCUGACCCAGAACUGAUCAGCCAGGUAUUGUGCUCUCUUCCACCAGUUACAGGCGUACAGGUCCAAGUUACCAGGGUGAGGUGCUGGAGGGCAGGUAUUCAUCAUAAGCAGCAUUGUGGGAGUUAAUGGUUCGUCUUUGUAGAGGGGACUGCUGAAAUGGGGCAGCUGUUGAUGAUUCCAGUAACCUCUGUCAUGUGAGGCACUAGUAGUUCAUGGCUUAGCUGUGUGCAUCCAAUCCCUAGUAACAUUCCAUCCAAUACACAUCAUACGGUUCCAAUCUGCUACUCCCAUACGUGUCCAAAGUGCGAUGCUUGUGGAGGGUUAAAUAUCCAACCUUGUUCUGCUACAAAAAUAUCCAACCUUGUUCUGCUACAAACUUCUAGACUUGUGUUUGGUCCAUCUCUGAAAGUGCUUGUUCCAACUGUGAUUUUCCUCCAACAAAGCUACUGCUGCAAUCACAUACAUGUAUAAGUUUCGUCACUGAUCCAUGAAUGGUGAAAAACCAUCCCAGUGCACAGAUGAACAAGUUGGUGUCCAUUGUUUCCAGUACCUCAAUGUGAAUGGCACCACUACUCAGACAGGUGCAGAUGAGACCCCUGGGUUUUGGAAUGGCUUCACCACCUCUGAGUCUUCUCGUUGAGAUUUCCCAGGGGCCAAAGGCAUCGAAGCUGACAUUUGUGAAGGGUGGGCUGGUCUCCGUUUGAUCAACUUCUUGCAAUUUAUGCAGGAUUCUCUAAGGCUGGAUAUCAUUCCAUGAGCUCUAGCAACCCAUUAGCCGGCUUCGUGAACUGCUCUGCUCAUAAUAAGGUGUCCUUGGUGAUGGGUGUUUUCAUGGAAGUUGCUAAUGAUAAACUCUGAUACAUGAUGACCUUUUGGUAAAAUUACUGGAUGUUUCUCUUGAGAGUCAAGUGUCAAGUUUUUGAGACGGUCUCCGACCCAAAGUAGCCCAUUACAAUGUACCAAGGGAUCAAGCUGCAACAGGUUUGAAUGUUUGGGAAGUGAUUUAUUCCUUUCAUCUAAAGACAAUGCCAUUAGCUCUGCGGAAAAAAAACUUCUUUCUGUACUGCCUAGAUUACGGCCUGGCCGGCUUGUUCAAGCUUAGCUGCAGAUUGAGGAGGCCAAGGGAUGACUGGCUUGUUUGGGGCCCUUGAUUUCUCUCCUUGAACUUAAUUACGCACACAAUAAGACUUACAAUUGCACGCCUCAGGGAGGACCAGCAGGAAAAGUGCUUCAAUCUCUCACAGCUAAGACUUUAGGGUGAGUGUGUUGAUUUGGCACAGGUGAUGACUUCCCUUUUCACCUCAGGGUUUCUUUCGCUGAGGCGUACCUCCAGGAGUGAAGCUUGAGGCUGGAGCAGCGGAUUCCAUAGAAAUUAAGGUCCCAGUAUCCAUCGCGAUGAACUAUCAGUUUCCAGUUGUGGGGUAACACAAUGAGUUGCGAGGUCAGCAGGAUUUCUUGCAGUGUUGAUGUAUCUCCCCUGACUUGGUGCAGUUGCGUUAUGGACAUAGAAUCCUCUACUCUCAUUCUGAAUGUACCCAAGUACAACCUUUGAGUCAGAGUAGGAGAUUUCUUCAUCAAUUUCAAUGUCAAGCUCUAUGCGAUUCAACAUUAUGUCUUGUGUUACAAGUAUUUUGCUGCACAGCACUAAUCUAGGAAUGCUCAUCAUGUGGCUUGGUGCCAUCUUAGACCAUCUGAACAAAAGAGAAAGGCUUACAACUCCAUCUUUGUUGAGUUCACACAGGUACAGCUCGGAUGGCUUCCUUGCUUGCACUGAAAAAUGCAUGUAUCUCCCUCCAUGUGACAGUGUCAAAUCCUUUAGGAUGGUGGCAACAAGGAAUCAAUACUUUUUCCAGCUUGGGGAGUAGGUCUCUCCAUUGACUCCAGUGGUGUUUCAUGUUCUCCAGAAGUGGUUCAUCCCAACCAAGGGGAUCGUUGCCAUUCACCUUCUUCCCCAUGAUGACGAGUUGCUGUGGGGAUUAGCUUCCCUUCCAGGAUGACUGGGGAUACAAAUCCCAGAGGGUCGUACACCGAGUUUAUUACAGACAGAGCUCCUGUUUGCAUAAAGGACUUUUCUGGCAGAAAGACAUGGAAUGUGAAAUGGUCCUUCUUGAUGUUCUAGUGAAUGGCAAGAAAUGCCACAAACAGUCCAAAGCAUUUUUCGCCAACAAUAAUUGACCUAUAGCUACAAUUUAAGGAACAGUGACUUUAGUUCUCAUAGAUUUAACACAUCAUCAUGGAAAGAACAGUCUUAGAUAUUUUGGGCCGCAUUUGUUGUCCAAGUUAGAUCAUCAGCUUAGAUCUCUACCAUCAGUAGCCAGCUUUAGCAGUGCCAUAAGUAAGACAAAUGUAGAGGAUAUUUUAAAUAUUUGUAAGAAUUGUAUUUUAUGCAAUGCGUAAUGAAUAAUUAAGGUCUAAUACUUACAUUAGGCUCUAUUUAUAGUUAUAGUUAUUUUAAUUCAUUUUAAGUUUCCACAAGACGAAAUGCAGAGAGUAUAUUAUAUUUUAGGUCUCAUUACAUAUUAUAUUAGGUUUUAUUUACAGUUAUUUUAAUUCUUUAGACUCUAUCUAUUAAUAUUUGUUUUCCAUUUGUGCUAAGCUAGAAGCGUGAGACUUAAUUAUUAUUAUCAAUGUCAAGCAUCACACUCCAACAAGGAUAUUCAUCAGGUCUCGACCCAGAAGAAGUUCCUUAUUUAGUGAGACCCCUUGGAACUUGGGUGACAAAUCGAACACCACAUGGAUCUGAUCUGGCUUCCUGGGAUGAUACAGCCCAAAGUGAGGUAAGUACCAGGUGCGUCCCUCACCUCUGAUCUCGACAUUCACCUAGAGAUCGUUAGGUGGGAUUUCAUUGGCAGUCUUCUUGAGGCAAGAACACUGUCUGGCAAUCUCUGGCAUUGCAGUUUCAUUCUUGUGCUUGGGGAUGUUUGUGCACUUGAUGAGCUGGGGAAGCCUCGCCAUUUUGUUUGUCAAAGAGCGUAGCAUGACACCAGAAAUUCGUUGCCCAGACUUUCUUCUCAUCCACCGCUGCAGGUCAUCAGGAAGUACUUGAUGUUCGGUCUGGUUGCACUGAACCUAUUGACUGGGUUUGGAGUUAAGCGUUGCUCAGAUCGUCUAUGAUUGCAUAAGUGCGAUGGGACUUUUGAAGACAAUUUUCACAGAGAACGUCAACAAGAACAAUCUUGUUACACAUGACUCCACCACUGAAAGGGUUGCGGCAAACCGAAGUGCAGGCCGUUUUUAAGCUCCUCACUGUGCUCCGUUCAUGUCGUGUCAGGUUUCUCUAUUGUGAAGUGCCAUGGGAUGGCAGUCGUCCUUGCACUUGCUGCAUUUCAUGAUUGCAUUGCAUUUGCUCAAUCCAUGUCCUGCCAGAAAAAACCUUCUAUGAGAACACAUUUGUUUCUGACUUUCAGCACUUAUUUUUUGAAGGAAAUGCUUGAAGCUUUUCACUGUCUUCUUCUCCAAAUUUGGCUGCCGUCUGAAGUCAUUCUUACAGAACGUUAGUGAUGGCAACAUAUUGCGGAAGUGUCUCUCCAGUUCCUUCCAUACAUCGCACAUGGUGUCAGCCAGAUACCUAUUUUGUCUGACAGUAGUUGUUAAUUACUAUUUGUGCAUCUCCUUUUGUGUAGCUUCUCAAUAAUAUUGUGGCACGAAAAACACUUUUCGAUGGGUGGAAGAGUGUCAGGUCUCCUGCGAAUAUCUCGAGGUGGCACUGAGGAAGGUUUUGUCACGACAAAGUUGCGACUAGCCUUUGAUUGACUGUUGUGAGGUCAUCUGUGGGAGUCGUCGCAAAGGGAUUCAUUCCUUGGAGGCUAAAAAGGGGCGUGUUGACUGGCGGGGACUUUUCCAAGCUGGCAGUGUUUGUGCCAGGUAAAUGCUCUUUUUUGCAAACAGGUGAGCAUUGAAGCAUGGUAUGCAUUACUUUCCCUGAGUCCUGAUGGGAGCUUGGGUACCCUCUGCGAUCCAGUGUCUCCAUAAUCCCUUGUGUAUUAAUCCAGACUUGCUUUGUCUCUUUUGUGUCAAUAGGGUUGUCCAAACCUGGGAUAGUGACCCUAGUGACUUUCUCGUCUUCCUCCUCAAUAGACUGCUAAAUAGCUUUAAUUUGGCAUCAGUGACUGUGAGCUUCUUAUUUGCUGUAAAUACAGCUUUGUCGCACUUGAAUCUUGCUCUCUGAGACUAGAAUUAUUUUAAAGCUUCGUCAUUACUUUUCUCCAUCUCAACUCAGACAAAUCUACUACAACUUAAUCUAUCCCUAUCUCUCCUAUGCAUUAUUGCUUGGAGCAGUUCCUAUAAGUCCAUUAUAAAAGUUCUUCAAAUCAAACAAAGCCACAUUGUAAGGAUAAUAUUUUGUCUACUUUGUAUGGGAAAAAUACAGAAAGCCUCUUGUUAUUAAUAAAUCGUCUUGACACUCUAACUGUUAAUCAUAUAUAUGAACUUCAAGCAUAAAGAUUCAUCCACAAAUGGUAUAAACAGUAGCUCCAUCAAUCUUUAAUAGUUGUUUCCGAUAUGCCAAACACAUCCACUCUCAUAACACAAGAUAUGCUUCAAAAGACAAUCUAUACAAGACAUGUUGUAGAACAAACACUGGCAAACAAACGAUAUCUGCAAUGGCAGUAGAUCUCUGGCAGGAACUAACCCCUGACUUUAAAUGCUUGAGUACUCCUCUUUUUAAGAAAAGGGUCAAACAAUACUUGUUAAUUGCCAACGAGCAGCCUCGCAAAGACGCGAGGCUGCAAAGCGGCAGCCUAAUAAAGACGUGCAUGAUAGUUCCAGGGGGCAGAAACAAUUUUUGAAUCGAUGUAACAUAUAGUAAUGAAAUGUAACUUUUAUGACAUAAUGCAGAACCUAAUGCAUUGUUUUUGAGAGAAUACGUGAUACAGAACAGGGAAUCCAUGAGCCAUGUGCGUGCUUGUGAGUUUCGUGUUCAUCCAGUCUUCAACUAAUCAUCACGUGGAUUUAUUUGCAACUUACACAUAUGGCUGCGCAUUUAACUGCUGGAAUUUUUUAUUGCCUGCCGCUAAGAAAAAUAAUAACGCCGCAAAAUUUUUGUGUCUUUGAAGAAAAAUAAUUCAGAAGGCUUCAUCGGUACACCAUAAAUUUUUUUAACUUUAAAAAGAGACCAAAUAUAAGUCUGUAUGAUGAAUGUUUGACAACUUUAAUAUGAUUUUUUGAGGAUUCUAAGAUUGUUUAGAAGGCCACUAAAUUGUACACAAAAUGACAUGUGCAACCUCAGAAAAAAACACGAACUUCAAUAUCUGAAAUAUUUUGCUAUGUCAAGCUGGGAUUUCAAAUUCUUUAUGCGGUAGAACUGUUAGUUCACUAUUUUCAAAGACAAACUUAAAGCAACGGGCACACAUACACUAACCCAUGAUGCGCCUUCCCUGAGCAUGUUCUGAUUAAAUGAUAAAAAUGCUUUCAGGGAAUUAAAAAAAUAUUAUUUUCCAGAUCCAGAUGUACGCAUGGGCGUAUGUGCGUACAUGGACACCACACUCUUGAAUAUAAUAGUAUAGUAAUCUGUGGAAUGUUAUCUUUCCAGUCUGGUCAGUUUAGUGAAGACAUGAUACCAACAGUUGGAUUUAAUAUGAGAAAAGUUACCAAAGGAAAUGUAACAAUUAAGGUAUGAUGAACAAGAUUUUGUUUUGUGUCAUCUAUAUUAUUAGCCUCCCACGCAGACGUUUUUAGGAGAGCUCGUCUUUCAUCCCUUCCCACAAACGCCUGCUCAACCGAGAACAACAUUCCUUUCCCCAGCUUAGCCAAUCACAUUGUACUUUCCAAAUUCUGGAAAGUUGACCUUUACCGCAGGGUAACCCGAUAAUUACUUGCUCUGCAUGAAACACUAGGAAAGCUUUAUGACCUCAACAAAAUGUUAGAGUCCAAGCGGCAAAAGUAAGAUUUAGUCAGGUUUGAGAAUACUCCAUGCACUGCACAACCAUAGCGAAGGAAAGAAAAAAAGGAAAUCAGUAGUAGUCCAGUUUCGAGUUCGCCAUGACCGCUGAAUUAAAGAACUGAAGAAGCAUUUUUUACAGCCUUAGCCUCUAUCUGAAGUAAUAUAUUCACAAAUUCCAACGAGAAAAAGACCUGUUUAUUACUCAGUCUAUUGCGUAUAUUCAAAUUUCAAACCCUUACUUGCCGGAAUUUCUGAAUAUUUUACUUUACGUCGAGGCUAACCCUGUAUGAAUGUGUCGUUAAUGUUUGUACUCAGCGGUAGUUUUUAAUUCGAAACUAGACUAUUCUAGGGUCACGUUUUUACACUACCACAAGCUUAUGAGUCGCAUUCAGGUUGUCAGCACUUUAUUUCAAAACUGCUGAUUGGUAACUUACCACACGAAUAAAACAAUGGAAAGGAAUGUUGUUUUUGGUUGAGCAGGCGUUUGUGGGAGGGAUGAAAGACAAGCUCCCCUAAAAACGCCUGUGUGGGAGGCUGCUAUAUUAUAGGCGCAUGAAAGGGUCAGUGUUACUAGUGCUUCUUGAAGAUCCAAUGGAAAGGUUUAAUGUCAAUGGGACUACUAAGGGUGAUCUGGCCUUGCUACAAGUUGUUAUGAUAGUGCAAAAUAUUAUUAGAAAGAGGAUGGGCCGGUAGGAAGUGUACUAAAACUUGAAAAUAUUUUUGGAAAACAUUUUCAAAUUGCUUUAUGACCCAUUUGGAAGUUAGUCAAGCCAUUUUCUGGUCACUCUCUGGCUAUAAAGAGCUAAAACUUAAACCAAAAAGCCGUUUAUGGGUUGUAGGCUUCACAGCCUUCUGAUCCAGAUGCCAAAAUAACACAAGCUUCUGAAGUUCAGGGCGCAUGCGCAGAAAGUAAAAUUUUGGAUGGUUUUUAUUUUAGUAGUGACACAGUAGUUUUGACUUUUUCCUUUCACUUUCUGUCCAUCCCUCUUCUCUUGUUUUUUUGCCUCAUGUUUUUCUUUUGCUGAGCAUGUAGUAGGCUUCAUUUCAGUGGGUAAAGGUGUUUCAUGAAAGGAGAGGUAGGUGGGUAGUAAAUCAAGAUUUUCAGGGGAGUAUGAGUGUUAACGUUACAUGGUUAUUUGCCUUUGCCUUUGCCUCCUUUACUGAAUCAUGCUUAUUCAUGUAUGGUUUGAAAGAUCUCUUCACCCUGUGAAAGUUAGCUGACAAAGUGGUCCAUGACCAUGAAAAGUGAUGUCAUGAGAGGUAGAAGGAAUGUGGAUCCACACAGGUGGCUAAGUGCAGUUCAGUCAUGAAUUGGUUAAAAACCUGUUGAUAGUGUUUUUUUUGGUCCAUUGAUUUUAGUAAUAUCCAAAAUACCGCAUGUAAAAUUUUUACGACAUUUUUAUUGACCAAUUUUAUUGACCAUCUCAUAAGUUCUUGACAACUAAGUGUCGCAAAAAAUGCAUGUCUAAAAAAAAUUGUGAAAUUUUGGUUUUUAUAAAGCGUGUAUGUGAAAGGUAAAAAACGGUUGUGUUAUAUGUUGUUAGGUUUGGGACAUUGGAGGCCAGCCUCGGUUUAGAAGCAUGUGGGAGAGAUAUUGUAGAGGUGUAAAUUGUAUUGUGUAAGUACAUUCCUAUUGUUGUGAAGAAAUCUAAAUAAGAGAGGAAUCCUUAUAACUGUAGAUUUUGCAUUGUCACUCAGGAUUUGCUGCUCCUUCUGUGGAAAUAGCCAUAUAACCAAUGCUUUUCUUUUAUUCUUUAAACUCCUUAGUCUUACAAUUGAAACCCUUUAUUAUAAUCACCUAAUUUCAAAGACAAAUAAUAGUGAAUGUGAAAAAUGAGUCACCAAAGUAGAGACUUUCCUGCAAUAAUAUGUUAUUUUAGUUUUUAUGACUACUGAGGAGAUUGUUUACUGACUGUAACAUUGCAUGGUAACAAGCUUUCUUUGUUACUUUUUUUCAAGGUAUAUGGUAGAUGCAGCAGAUCAUGAAAAAUUAGAAGCUUCAAGAAAUGAACUUCAUGGACUCUUGGAAAAACCACAGUUAGCUGGCAUUCCAGUAUGUGCAUGAAAAUAUUUUAAUGUGAAGAAUCUCUGUGCUUGUAAACUGCAAUUACAUGUAAUCUACAGUUCUCAAAGCAUGUGUGUGAAUAGCUUUGAAAAUAAAUUAUAGUUAUAUAAUAAUAAUUAUUAAAAACUGAAUCAUUGGAUAAUGCAAUUCUAGCAGUUUGAUUGGCUUAGCCGUUAUGGUAUAUGAGCUAUUAUACCAUGCUCUCCAUAUAUGGUCGGUGUCCGCGUCAGUUUAAAAUUGGAAGCUAGCUGAGAUUUUUUUUCGCGAAGGAUAGAACGGCGCCCGAAGCAAAUCGUAUUAAUUCAUUUUUUCGAAUACUAGAAAUGCAAUUUCAUCGAAAGAAAAAAGACAAAAACAAACAAAAAAGCCACAAGAGCUUGUUUGAAAGUUUGUCGAAAAACACAUGAAAACACAUGGAACUAAAGUACCUUGACCAGCUACGAAAGAAGACAAGCGUUGUUUCUUCAUGAUCGCAAAGCCAUUCGCCGAUCGAGUCACUCGCCGAUAGAUAACUGCGGCUUGUUUAUCCGACAUCAAGAAUAUAAAUCACAAGUAACCAGCUACAAAUACAGGCUAUGCAGCCAUUCACUAGAGCAAUCGAGGCGGCAGUAUAGCUUCUUUUGUCGAGGUAAUAGUUUUUCUCCGUUGUUCUUACUUUUAUAACUGCACCGAAAAUCCAAAUUCACAGUAAUUUCGACGGCUGUCACUUAAAAAUUCUUUUCCUUCACAUUAUCUGCCAGGUUUUUUUAGCUGUUCUGCUGUGUAAAAUCCUAGAAUCCCGAUGAGUUUUUAAAAAACUAAUGUUCAUCAAUGUUUUGAUUUUCAUUCAUGCUGUCCAGGCGAGUCCGUUCGCGCGUUGACAGUUUUGAUAGACGUGUGACAUGUGAAUAGCGGAAGUCCCUUGUCUUUUCUGGUUUGUUCUAGUCGGGGAGAUUCAACAAGAUUUUGUGGGCGUUUUUAAUAAAACAAUUAUUCCACUCGCGCUUGUUGGAUAUGAGAUGAUUAUAGCCAACUCGGCGCUACGCGCCUCGUUUGCUAUCUAUCAUCUCAUAUCCAAAGCGCUCUCAUGGAAUAAUUGUUAAUUAUUACAGUUGUUCAAGCUAUUGAUCAUUAUUGUAAUCAACACAAUAUUAACUUGAAGGUAUGUACAGAAAUGCAUGCUAAUGAGAUUCAUGCUCUUCAUGAUUGACAUCACAAGGUGUCCCCUGGCCCUAAUCCUCACCUAACGCAAGGCCAUUCAGUCACACAUGAAGUCAUAUUGAAAUUACAAACAGCUGUGUGUAAUAUGAAGUACCCGAGGUCUAAGUUAUGUGCAUUUCUGGACAAAAGUGUCACUGAACUGUGACAGAGGGUUUACAAAAAAGGUCACAAAAAAUGCACUUUAAUUGCUUCAUUUUUGCUGAAUGUUCUGUAUGUUUAAUCUUGUAGGUGUUAGUUCUUGGAAACAAAAAGGACCUCCCAAAUGCACUAGAUGAAAAAGAACUGGUGGAGAGACUGUAAGUUCUGAAUUGAUUGCAUUUCCCUUUAAUCACCCAUGUGUCAGGAUUUGUAUUUCACAUGAUAUGAGAUUAUUAUGUUGUUUUAACUUGAAAGUACAAUGUUUCUUUACUGAGUUAUCUUUUGUGCCCACAGGAAUCUGGCUUCCAUACAAGAUCGAGAAAUUUGCUGCUACUCUAUCUCUUGCAAAGAAAAGGAGAACAUUGGUAAGCAAUACAGAUUACCUUAUUAUUAGUAAAUGGGAAAUUAACGCUUCAUGAAAUUAACGUGACUUUCAAAAAUUUGUGUUAAUGUAAGGUAAUUUUUGUAACUGUUAAUUUCCGUGACCUUUAUUUCCAUUAUUUUGGCUCCAAAUUCUUGAUACACUUGUAACAUUCUUGAAACCUAAGAAAGAGGAUUAUCAGGGUAAAGAUCUACCAGUAACAGUGAAACUUUAAAGAACGCUAAGUGGCCAGAUUUCUGGGCUUGACCCUCUGUGUGUUUAGGGAAAGAACCUUGAACAAAGUUUCCAUUUUGGAUUAUACGUUUAACUUUUUCCUUUCGUCUCAACAAGUUUUGUUCAUUUAAAGUCACCCUCUCUGUUCACUAAAUUUGCCUUAAUUUCCCUUACCUUAAUUUCAUUGAGCACUAACUUCCUACAAUAAGGUAUUGUUUGUUGUUUCCCAUAUGCUUUGCGCUAAAAGUAUUUUGCAGAUCGUUUCACUACCAAUUGACAAAAUAAAAAAGAUAAAUUAAACUCACAACACAAUGUUAGUGAUAUUACAUUAUUUGCUAAUAUGCAAUGGUUUCUGUAGUGCCAAGAAACAACUGAAAAAAUCAUUCCGAAACAAGUUUUGUGCCUCACAUGGUACCGUUUUCACAUUGUGCAACCAAAAAGUCUCUCAAUAUUUCUAAUGAACACUGGGCAACAACUGGUGGAGCUGAAUAAAGGCUGACUGACAACUUAGCUUUGUGUUCCUUUUCAUUUUUGUAGAUAUUACCCUGCAAUGGCUCAUUCAGCAUUCAAAGUCACGAGGUUAAACACAGUAACAGAGAAGAAAAAACUUAUUCACCACAAAGAGGACAAAAAAAUGAUGGAAAAUACAUGUUUGAAAGCAUCAAGAAAGCUUGCAUUCACAAUCAUAGAACUAUUAAGAGCAGAGUACUUUUCUACCCAUAAAAUAAUGAUACUGGGUGUGACAAGCUAUAUGAAAGAAAUCAAUGCUGCAGUCUUUGACAACUCUAACAUACCUGUAAUGAUUAUUCUGCAGGCCCCAGUUGUUUAAAUGGUGGAUAGGGCUAUCCACCUGAUAACUCUCUAUCCAUUGGAUAGUGCAAUUGGUUUGCCUAAUAGUUAUCAACUGGAUAGUGAUUUAUCCGGUGGAUAGCACUAUCACCUUUUGAACAACUGAAGCUAUAACCAUCCUCUACCACUGUGGUGCAUUUUGACAUUUUUUAUUGUACAUGUUUCUUCUUUGGUACCAAAGACUUUGUUGACUUUUUCACUUAAUAAGGUCUCAAACGCAAAUGUAGUGGUCAAUUUAAUAAAACUUUUACAAGUGUAAUUUACAGGUGUAGCUACAUUGUACUGUUUUGGACCUUAGAACAAGAGCUACACUUGUAAAAGUUUUAUUGAAUUAACACCAGGUUAAAGUGAAACAAAUUUAUCAAAUCAAAAAGACAAUAUAAACUUAACGUAGUAACACUGUAUGUGGCACUCCCGAGAAUUGGUUUUUGGUUUUUUGGUUAAUAAUAAUGUUAAUAAUUUAAUAAUAUUCUAUCAGGCUUAUUGGAGUGAAAAAGAAACCUUUAAAAGUGUCAUUGUGUACCAUGCAAUAGCCCCCCAUUUAUUAGAUAUUUUUGUGAAUAGAGAAACAAAAACUGGGCGUUAAGUGAUGUAUAUGUAGUAGAGAUUGUAAGUAGGCAAUGUUUCAGGUUAAACUUUGCUGCAAACUCCCUUUUGCUGCUGCCGCACAACUGUCUUUUCUGUCACAAGUACCUGUGUAUUUUUUGCUGUCAGAUUAAUACUUGAUAAUCAGUGUUUCCCUUUCCCUAUAGACUUGUAGUCUUGCAGAAGUUUGACUAUAUUAUGAUUUGAUCUGAGAGACUCGCUAAGUAAACUUUGUAUCCUUCUCUGGACUUGCUUCCUACAAGUUUGGUGUUAUAAUUUUCUGGUAUCUCCAUUAACAGGUGACAAUAGGGAACACGGUGGCUGCACUAUACCACACACAAAAAAUGAUAGGAAUUCCAACAUUAUUAGUUUAUCUGGAAAUCUGGCUAUCAUCAGGGAUCAUUUUAUAUAGCCUUUUUUGUCUUUUGAUAACUUAUGAAUAAAAGGUAACUUUGGAAUAUUAUGCCCCUGGCUUUGUACUGUAUUUGUGUUGUAAGGCCACCUCCAGGUCUUGAAAUAACGACCGGUCAACGGAC